CAACUUUUUGUGUUUGUAGGUUAUGUUUGUUAACAAAUUGCUGAAACUUCAACACAAUCCUCGGGAAAGUGUUGAGAUAUGUGUGGGGUCAUGAUCUAGUGUAAUGAAUGUCGAGAUGAAUGUUUUACUUAUUUUCUUUAUUGUGAAGUCAACUUCAAAUGAUUAACUCUUUUACACUUAUUGUCAGUCGAGAAUUUAAUGUUGCAAGUAUCCUGUUGUGAAUAUGGCAACAUCCAACGGAGGAAUUAAACAGUACUGUCGGGGUUUGCUUUCGAAUAAAAUUCUUGAGAGAAAGCGAAGUUUCGAAUUGCUGUCAUCGCUGUUGGAGCAACAAUCGGCCUCUCAAGAUGUUAAUGCAACAAUACCUUGGACUGAUGUAUUCAAAAUUGUGCAUCAUUUUCUGCAAAAGGAAGCAGCAAAGUUGGACGAAGACGAGCAUAAAAAGAAAACCCCGUCCUAUUAUGCUACAACAAAUUAUGGGGUAUUACUGAUCAAUGUAAUUAAAACAGCAAAUUUAAAAGAAAAAAAUCUCAAAGUUUCUGAUGUUCUCCAAUGUAUUUUUGAAUUUUUUAAAUCUCGUAUUUUGACAAAGUAUUACAAUAUUCCAUAUCUUAUUGUCUUAAGGGAUGAAAUAUUGCCUUUCCAUUAUGGACAAAUAGAAGCUCAAGAAUGGAUAGAGCUUUUAACGUGCAUCAAACACCAACUCGAAAUUUCCCUACCUCACAUGGACCGAAUCAAAUUGCUGCAGUGUCUUAGACUACUAUUGAAGUGGGGUCCCGUGCACUGCCUACCGAUUUCCCAAGUGCGUGAGCAAUUUACGUUUAUGCUCGAACUAUGCAAGGAUAUCGACAGCACGUCAUCGAAACAUCAGCAAGAAGUGAUUAUGACCAUACUCUUGGAAUUCAUGACAAACACGGCCGGAGACAAUCGUCUGGCUUGCUGUAAACUGGGCGAAAAUAUUUUCAGUAAUUUGAUCGAGAUUUAUCAAUCGCAAACUGUCGAAUUUCAUAUUAAGAUUUUGAUUUUGAAAUUGUUUCUAUUUCAAAUAGAAAUUCAUCAUCCGAAAGGGGCAAUUGACGAAAAUAUGCUGUCGUAUGCAUGCUCUUGGUCCGACUGGCGUCAGUACCUACGUUCUUUAUACUCUCUUCUAUGCCAAGAGAUGUCCGAUAUGGAACUGACCAAAUAUCAGUCUAUUGCAAUUACCUCGAAGCAGUCCCAUUAUAUGCCUUCUAAUAAAGAAUUUGUUUCCCUCUUUGUCGAAGUGUUUCGCCAGCUCCUAUUUACCAGCAGAAAAAUUAGCAACAGUUCAGAUCAGCAACCGCCAGAGAAACGUUCAAAGGUAGAAGUUGGCGUGUCAUUUAUAAUUCGUAGCAUUCAGGAUACCAAAGAUUGGUCUUGGAUUCAUGUGAUGACCGAAAUAUUAAAAAAAUACCCGGAAGUAAUCUCGAAUGAGGAAUUUGUGUGGUUAUUACAAGUUCUUUCUGCUGUACAGGCAGAAUGUAAAUGUUUAAAUUUAUGUUUUUAUUUAUAUAAAUGUUUGACGAUAUUAAUAGACGUCCAAUAUCAUAUUGAACUCAGAUCUGAGAAAGUGGAAUCUUUGUGGACGGUUGUCGCAGAUUGCACUUUAAGGGCGGUAGGAUUAAAUCAGUGUGAAGAGCAGACUCAUGAGCUAUUGCAAAAGAUUAUUGCAAAAAGAAAAAUGGUGAAUACAUAUCAAUUGUUUCGAAUAUAUCUAUCCAAAGUAGUAAAUCUGAAUAUCCACAGUAUAACUACAUUAUGCAACGCAUGUCAGCAGUACGGAACACCGUCCGGGAAGGUAAACGGGAACAGCAGUGAUAAAGAAAUUCUCGUUGAUUGGAUAUUAAAAUUCGAUUUGGGGAAAAACAGCGACACGUGCAUUCUUUCUGAACCCCUCGUAGCUAAAAGUCUACUGUUUUUGUCAUUUAAACAGUGGCCAAAUCUGACUACAAAUAAAGUGUCCAACGAGGAUCAAUUUAUUACUUUGGAAACUUUGUACCGAGUUACUUUCUUUGAUUGUUUACUAGACACAAGUGAGGAACAACCGUCCGUAGUGAAUGAAGUAGAAGAAUUAGACAAGCUGUAUGUUAUAUGUGAUAAAACCUAUAAGUAUUUGGAAGAAAAUCUGAUCAAGCUGAUGACUCAGUUUUGCGAUACCAACACGAAGGUUUUUAAAAAGGCACUGAAUCUGCUAAAUGCCAUAAUCCUGUUCAUUAAUGUUUUAUCUACAAUGAUGGAACAUAGAAUGCUUGACGAAUAUAGUUCACAACAGAACAGCCUAUUAAAAGUGCUGGAAGAUACAUUUAAAAAUUGGAUCGAAAUGGUCCAGCCUGUGUUUCACGCUUUGGAUAAAAAGAAAAAUGUCGAUUGUGUGGAAAAUAUUCUGAAACAGAUAAAAACACUGUUCGAUGUGCAGGUUCAUUCCUUAUUAGCUACCAAACUGAGAACGUGGGUUACAAUGGACUUUAUACAGAAUAUUUUUGGGCUGUUAAAUAAACAUAUUGAUGGCAAUCAAGAAAAGGAAAAGUCCCUAAACAAUUUGAGCUCGUUAAGCAUCGAUAUCUUGUGCAGUUUUUGCAGCGUACCCCCGACUAGCAAAUCGGAAGUUCAACAGCAAAUUCUGGACGCUUUAGCGGAGCCCGACUUUGAUGCCAAAUUAAAAAGCGACUGUGAUCACACCAUAGCGUUCUUAAACAAUAUUGAAAGAUUGCGUUGUGGAGUAAUUUCCGUUCCUAUUUUGGAAAAAAUUCUACUGAGCAUACAAACAAUAUGCGAAGUGUACUAUACUAGGCAUGAUAGUGCUUUGAACAUAUUACAAAUAUUACAUUAUUUAAUUCCACAUGUCGCCCACUUAAAUUGCGGCAGUGUUAGUUCAAACUUUAUGACAUUAUUGCACGUUUUCUACCAAUAUCGCCAUAACUACGGACCACUCGUCUCAGUUUCCCUUCUAAAUUGCAUCGGAAGGCUAGUUCAGUUUGAUCCUGACAUGCAAUGGUCCAAGUGGCCCAACGACGAAAAGGUGAUUUUAUCGAUUCCGGAGUUUUUAGUCAACGAUUACCAGAACGUUCGCAUAACUGCCGUGCGGCACUUGAAAACCAUUUACAAACAAAGCCCGCAAACAAAACCGCAGAGACAUCUACAGAAAACUGUGUUUGUAAAAAUUUGUGAAAUGAGCAAUGAAGUGUUCAAUGUAAAAGGAAAUAUCACUAACGAACGCAAAAUUGAUGAGAGUGUCACGCGCACAGCAAGCGUUUUACAUACAUUCGUGGCUAUAAUAUCCGUAAACUCAAUUUUUCGACGGGAAGCUCUCUUUAGAUUAAUUCAGUUGGUGAAUGAAAAAAAUCUGAAUACUGAUUCUACACUGCAAAUAUUAGAUAUGGUAGCAAAACUCUUAAAUAUUUCCGACUCGACACUGUUAUUAAGUUCAAAUCUAGAUUACUUAAUUUCCCUCUGGAGAAGUCAUAAUUUACCUCUAGCUCAAUUUCCGUAUGGUUUAUUCGCUUGUAACUCCUUAGAGUCGUUCUGCUUUAAGUAUAAACAUUUGUUAGUACCGGUACUCUUGGAAAAUCUUCCUUUGUUUGAUAAAGUCUGCGUAGAUUUUAAAAUAUCUAAAGUGGAUAUUUUAAAGGACUACUACCCUCGACUUGUGGCAGAAUACAUAAUUAACAUCACGUCGAAUGUUAACAACAACCAUUGCUACAACAAUUUCGAGCAGAUACUGACACCGAGCGUGGUAAACGAGUUGAUGUUGGAGAAAAUAGAUGAAGUAAUAGUGUGCUUGCUGGAUCUUUACUUUGAUCCAGUGUACUUAAAUGACCAAUACAGUAUAUCUUGUUCACUGCCUGAACAACCAACGCCAUCGUGUAACACGAGGGACUUAAACGUAUGCCUGGAUCACAUUGCUAACGUAUAUCUAAAUGGAUCCGCACCGCUAACUUAUUGUUUGCAAGGGAAUGGAAUCAAAUCCCACAAAAUUCUUAUGCGUUUAAUAUCCAAAGUACAUCGAUCCUAUAGUGAGGAAGAAAAAAUAAUCACAUUCCAUCGGUUUACUUUUUUUAUCGACGCACUUGCACCACAUAUGAAACAAUGCAAUAAUCUAAAUACAUAUUUGAUCCGAACGAUCUCAUACACGCUCAUCCAUUUAAUAGAGUCCGAUUAUAAGAAUAAUUUGGUUAUAAACACAUUUUAUUCCAAAUGCUUACGUAGUUUUCUUCGUGGAAUAUUACCACAAAAUAGCAAAACAUUAGAAAAAUGUUUGAUAGAUUUUGUCGCAAUCCUGGUGCCAAUAUCUAAAGUGGACAACGACCUUGGAAACGAAUGCAUGCAACUUCUUCACUGUUUAAUCGUCGACCACGCCCUUCUCUUCAAGGAUACCAUCAAACGUCUAGAUCCAUUUCCGACAGACGCCAAAUAUAAUCAAAUUCGCUCGAUGUACUGCGAUGUAAAAUACAGCGGGGAGGUUUUUACACUCAAGAAUGAAAUCGAACACUUUCUGACGACGGGAAUUUUGAUGGGAAAUGCCGGGAAUCGAACCGAAGGGUUAUUACAUUUGAAGAAAAGACUGACUGAUCAAAAGGAGGAGUUGAAGGAGAUGUACGACAGUUUACAUUGUAUGCGUGGAUUUUCGGAGGAUUGUCAAAAUAGCUUGCUACAUCAACUUGUGUGCACUCUUGUGAAGCUGUCCUUGUCAUCGGAUAAGAAGGAAAGUUUAGAAGCAACAGAGUGUCUGGGCGAACUCGGCUCGUCGAGUUUGUUAACCAUGGUGUUGCAAACCGAACAGUCUUACGCAAACGAGAGCUGUACAGGUUUCGAAUUGGUGACGAAACUAAUCGUACAAUUUUUUAUUAAGCACAUCGUCGAUAAAAGGUUUGACAUUAUGGAAGUUGCUAAUUCCACGUUAUUUCACGUAUUAGAUUGUAAGGAAGGAAAGUCUGUUUUGGCCGAUCCAGGUUUUAAAGAGUAUUUAAACGGAAUAUCGUUAACACCUUUUGCUUCGUCUCGUUCAAUUAAAUCGGCUAGCGAUCAUAGUUUAAAUAGUAAUUUUAACUAUUGCGUGUCAAAUACCAAUUUGUGGUGCCCACCUGAUCGUACCUCACACGAUCAGUGGAUUACUGAUUUGGUGUGUAGUUUGCUAGAACUUUUUUCGGAGAAAUGUUAUUUAAAGAAAUUGAUUCCGAUGUGCAAAAUGAUGGUGUCAUUUUCUGAACAACUGCUGCCACUUCUGGUGUACUUGAUAAUAAAGUGUGGGUUAUCGGAUGUGAUUUCCAGGCAAAUUUGCAACUUUUUUUCUUCUCACUGGAUGCAUAGUGAAACGGAUUCGAAUAGCGGCAAUAUUGUUCUUAAUAAAUUGUCCUUACAAUGUAUGCUUAACACAGUGCAUUUUCUCCGUUUACGUAAAAACUUGGAAGAUUCCAGUAGCAGAAAAGAUAACUUCAAGCUUAAUUACCUGCACGUCGCGCAAGCGGCUCAAUUUUGUACCGCGCAUUUCACAGCUCUAUUGUACACGGAGUUAUGGUGCCAAGAAAAACUUGAGCAAGACAGAGCUAUUUUAAAUAAUUCGACGAUUACCGUCUCAGGGUUGAGUUACUUGGACAUAAUAGCACAGAAUGAAGAACCUGAUACGAGAAAAAGAUUGCAAUAUAUUUUACGGGAGUGUUACCAAAAAGUAGGCGAACCCGAUGCAUUGUCAACCUGCGAAUUAAUGGGUUUAACGGAUGGCGAAUUCGAAAUGGAACAUUACGAACACUUACAAAAAUGGGACCAAGUGGUCCUUCACUAUGAUAUGAAAAUCACGCAAGGGCAAUUAUCGUACGUGCCCAAGCUACAAGAAGCCUUAAAAAAAUGUAGCCUGUUCGAAAUACCAUUUCGACUGGAAAACAAAAGCAGUCCACAGUUUGACUGCGCGUGGCGAUUAAAUCAAUGGGAUAUCGAUAACACAGUUCAUAGUCAGACCGAAAAUUCCUUCGAGAAAUAUAGAUACUUCCUGUUGAAAGCCGUUCACGAUAAUGACAAAUGUAACUUUCAACAAUUCGCAGUCCAAGCGAGACAAUGCGUAAUUGACAACUUAAAGCAUGCCAGUUUGGAGAGCAGUGAAAAUUUGUAUCAUCAUCUAAAUCGGUUACAAUCCCUCCGAGAGCUGGAACAAUUCGUGACUGCUAAAUCUGAAGGUACAAUCAAAACCCUGGUGGAGAAGUGGAGAAUUCAAGAUGAAAUUAAUCCGAAUGAUUUUAAAUACAUUGAACCCCUUCAUUUUCAACGUGAGGCAAUAUUUAAUUUGAUUUCUUCCGAUUGUCAAGAUAUGACUGAUAUUUUGGUGGACAUGCAGUUGAAAUUCGCAGGUAUUGCUAGAAGUAUCGGUAAUUACAACACCGCCACCAGAGUUGUUACUAACUUACUUAAUACUACUGGUUUGACCGCCGAGCUUCAAGCUUCUGUGAAAUUUGAAGAAGCCCAACUGCGAUGGUUGGACGAUAAGAAGAUUGCCUGUCACAUAUUACGGCGAUUGUUAAGUAAAUUACCCCAGUGCAGGUUAUAUGCGGAGGUGUUGCGAUUGUACGGCACGUGGAUGAUCGAAACGUGCUCGGAAAAUCCACGCAGUAUUAUUCAAAACUAUUUUAUCAAAUCAAUAGACGUGCUGGACCAGUUGUCCAAGACUGAUGCGGAGAGUAAACAUGUGUACGAAACGUAUCAAGUACUCGCUUCAUUUGCAGAUUUGCAAUAUCAACAGGUUCAAAGCUACGUCAAAUCGUCUGUAUUUGAGAAAAAAGUUAGAAAUAUGGAAAAGUCCAAAUCUGCGGCGUUAAGUUUAAAAAGUCAGCGCAGUCGUAAAAUCACCACUGACGAACAACGUGCCAUAAUUAUUCGCGAUAAACAAAGCGUCAUCGAUCAAACGGAAAUUAACAAUACACACGAGGAAAAAAAUAUGUACCUCCUAUUGACGAUGAAAUACUACUUACUAAAUCUCGAAAAAAGUGAUGCAAAUAAUGUGUGUAUGUUUCGAAUAUUAUCGCUCCUUCUUGAAAAUCGCGGCAACAAGCAACUGGAGAGUCUAUUUAACGCGAGUGUAAAGAAGAUGGCCAGCUACAAGUUCAUACCUAUAUUGCCGCAGCUAAUACCACACAUCACGAACAGCUCCGGAGAUUUAUUGGCAAACAAUAUUAAUGCAAUUGUAGUACAAUGUGCAAAGGACCAUCCCCAUCAUACUCUACCUUUUGUUCUGUCCUUGUCAAACUCCCACAAAGACAAAGAAUUCUGCCAAUCAAAAACAAAUACCAACUGCAACGAACAGAGAAUAAUCGCGGCGGACAAGUUGCUAAGAUCUCUAAAAAAAAUUGACUAUCUUAGGCGCACCAUUGAAAAAAUGGAGGAGCUUUCGAGAGCACUGAUUCACUUAGCGUACCUUGAUCAGGAUAAAUGCAAAGUCGAUAGACACGACGACUUCAUAAUACCGACCACUUGUCCUCUAAUGAAACUGAAACAUUUAGAAGACAUACUAUUACCGACGCAUAUAUUGGACGUACGGAAAAAUUGUGACUAUUCCACUAUUGUUGGUAUUUCUUCGUUUGGUACGACAUUUUCAAACGUGGGAGGAUUAAAUGCACCCAAGAAGAUAUCUUGCAUCGGUACCGACGGACUGAAACGAAAUCAAUUGGUGAAAGGAAAAGAUGAUUUACGCCAAGAUGCGGUAAUGCAACAAGUUUUUAAUAACAUGAAUGGUUUAUUGGCGUGCAAUAAACAAACAAGGGGGUUACUCAUAAGAACUUAUAAGAUUGUUCCCUUAUCGCAGAGAAGCGGCAUUUUAGAAUGGGUCGACAACAGUAUGCCAAUCGGAGAAUAUCUCGUAGGUGAUGGGAAAACGAAAUCCGGAGCGCACGUAAUUUACAAUAAUGACGAAUACUCUCCGGCUCGCUGUAGGAUUGAGUAUAAGAACGCCGCCAAGUGCACGCCUAGUGAAAAGUUGAAAGUCUACAAUAGGAUUUGCGAAAAAUUUCAUCCGGUUUUUCAUAAAUUUUUUGAAAGUUCAUUUGUGCAACCCGCCGUGUGGUACGAACGGAGGCGUGCCUAUACGUAUAGCGUUGCUACGACGAGUAUGUGCGGAUAUAUUUUGGGAUUGGGAGAUCGACAUGUCAGUAACAUUCUUAUUGAUAAAACAACGGCGGAGGUAGUGCACAUUGAUUUCGGAAUUGCAUUUGAACAAGGGCUAGUUUUACCGACGCCAGAAACGGUUCCUUUUCGACUGACACGUGACAUUGAAGCAGGUAUGGGUGUAUGCGGUGUUGAAGGUGUCUUUCGCAAAUCAUGCGAAAGAACUUUGGAGGUGCUGAGAAACAAUUCUAAAACGAUCAUUAGUAUAUUGGAAGUUCUACUAUACGAUCCACUAUAUACAUGGACUGUGACCCCAGCGGAGGCCUACAAUCGUCAAUUAAAUGACGACCAAGAAGAAAAUGACUAUGGUGUUAGUUGCACUAGUAGUUCUUUACAAUUCACAAAUGAAGAAAAUGUCAAUGCAACAGCGGAACGGGCGCUUUUGAGGCUCCGCCAAAAAUUGCAGGGUAUCGUGGAAGGGGGUACCCAUACCAGUGUGGAAGGGCAAGUUCAGAAAUUACUGCAACAAGCACGUGAUCCUUCCAAUCUGUGCCGACUGUUUCAUGGUUGGCAACCAUAUUUGUAAUGUUUAUAUGCAAAUACGUUUUUAUAAUUAAAGUUGUU